AUGAUGGAACCAUCAGAAAGGCCACUGACUGGCUGGACACACAAGGAAGCGGAAAUUCGAAUUGGUCCCCAACCCGAUCAGAGCAGGGGGUGGAGGCCCGGAGACAGGAGUACAGCCCUUGCACCCAUCCCCCCAGCCCUAUCCUUCCUCCUCCUCUUGCCACUGGCCAGUGCCCUACAGCCCACCCCACUGCCCUUUCCAGAACUGAGGCUGGUGGGGGGUCCGAGCCGCUGCCGGGGUCGCCUGGAGGUCCAGCACGGUGGCUCCUGGGGCAGCGUCUGUGACGAUGACUGGGACGUGGUAGACGCCAAUGUGGUAUGUCGUCAGCUGGGCUGCGGCCUGGCGCUGCCUGUGCCGCGGCCCCUUGCCUUUGGCCAGGGCCGAGGCCCCAUCCUGCUGGACAACGUGGACUGCCGCGGGCAGGAAGCUGCUCUGAGCGAAUGCGGCAGCCGAGGCUGGGGAGUCCACAACUGCUUUCACUAUGAGGAUGUGGCUGUCCUGUGUGAUGAGUUCUUGCCCACGCAGCCCCCAGUGAAGAAAGUGUUAACCAGUACGGUGCCCCCUACAACUCCCAGGAAUGGGAAUGGUGAGGGCAGUGUGCGCCUGGUGGGGGGCGCGGGCCUGUGUCAGGGCCGAGUGGAGAUCCUGCACAGCGGCCUGUGGGGCACUGUGUGCGACGAUGACUGGGGGCUGCCAGACGCCACUGUGGUCUGCCGCCAGCUGGGCUGCGGGGAGGCCCUGGCCGCCACCACUAACGCCUUCUUCGGCUAUGGCACGGGACACAUCAUGCUGGACAACGUGCACUGUGAAGGCAGUGAGCCCCGCCUGGCCGCCUGCCUGAGCCUGGGCUGGGGCGUGCACAACUGCGGACACCAUGAGGACGCAGGAGUACUAUGCGCAGUUCUAGGCCCUCCGACUCUCCCAGCACUGCCACCCUCUGCCACAAGAGAGGACUGGGCCUGGCACACAGAACCAGAGGCUACAAGACUUGGUGCCUUCUCUUCCAGAGAGACAGCACUCUUUACCACAGCCUCCUGGGCAGCGGGGAAAAAAAGCGGGCGGCUGCGGCUGGUGGGCGGCCCGGGGCCGUGCCGCGGCCGUGUGGAGGUUAUGUACGCCGGGGGCUGGGGCACCGUGUGCGACGAUGACUGGGAUUUCGCGGAUGCGCGCGUGGCCUGCCGCGAAGCGGGAUGCGGGCCUGCGCUGGGUGCCACGGGCCUCGGACACUUCGGCUACGGCCGCGGCCCCGUGCUGCUGGACAACGUGGGCUGCGCCGGCACAGAAGCCCGCCUGAGCGACUGCUUCCACCUGGGUUGGGGUCAGCACAACUGCGGCCACCACGAGGAUGCGGGAGCGCUCUGCUCAGGCCCAGAGGAGCUAGGACUGCAAGUCCAGCACGAUGGUUCUGAAACAACCCGAGUUCCCACUCCUCGGCCCAGAGACGGACACUUACGUCUGGCAAAUGGAGCCCACCGAUGUGAGGGGCGCGUAGAGCUCUUCCUAGGACAGCGGUGGGGCACUGUUUGUGAUGAUGCCUGGGACCUGAGGGCAGCCAGGGUCCUGUGCCACCAACUGGGCUGUGGCCAGGCUCUGGCAGCUCCUGGAGAGGCCCACUUUGGCCCAGGUCGAGGUCCUAUCCUUCUGGACAAUGUCAAGUGCCGUGGAGAUGAGAGUACCCUUCUGCUCUGCUCUCAUAUCCGCUGGGAUGCCCACAACUGUGACCACAGCGAGGAUGCCAGUGUCCUGUGCCGGCUGUUGUGACCCAGCCCACUCUGCAGACCACUUUUUCGUCCUGUGGCCUGCCCCUCUGCCUCCAGGAAGCCUUCCUCCUGUGUCAGCUGCAGUUCAUUUAGCCCUUCCUUCCCCUUGCCUGGAAGAGAGCCUGGCCUGAUGGUGUGGCCAUGCAUGGUGCAGCCUGGCUCUAUCCCAUCAACUUACUGUGUGAUCUCACCUGUUAUCAAUUGUUGUGGGCCCAAUUCAAUGAAAGGCCCCACUUCCUGC